AUGGACGACGAGGAAAUUAAUGACGAUAUGCUCGCGGCAAUGGGGUUCUCGUCCUUUGGCGGUACCAAGAAGAGAAAGUUUGAUCACACCAAUUCGCCGAAGACAGGACCGGAUGUCAGUGGUGCAAACACAACCCAGCUCGGCACUCGACCCAAAAUCAAAAAGGACAAUGACAUGGGCGCAUUCGGAGCGGAUAAUACUACAGGCGAUACUGGGUCCAAGGAGAAGCAAAAACAAAAGCAACCAGCGCCGUCAGGUCUCGCUGCUUUCUUGAACCGGGGACAGAACUUACCUAACAAGCCGCCAAUGUCAACAACCAACGAGGCUCGUCAACCAACUCCAAUCGGUCACCAAAAUCAAGACGCCACUUUCAUGGUAUCCUUCGGAGGACCCUCAAUCCCUCGAGCGGAACUGAAUGCACUGCGGACUGGCGUACUAGCCUCCAACGGAAAGGACACCGCCUACUUUCUCCCAAGUUUCGUCGAGGAUCCGUGGUCCAGCUCUCGGAAAGCCUGAAGCAAGAACGCGCAAUGUCUUGCAGCGCUCAAAAACACUCUUCCUUGGGCUGUUGCUCGCGGAGACUCGUAUUGCUGGGAUCUGCCGAGACCCAAAACCCGAAUCAACGCGCCUCAAGCCACCCGAGACUUACAUAUGACAUUCCCGUGCUGCGCCAUACACGUUGUACAUAUACACAUGCCCGGCUCACAUCUAUGCGUCCGCCACAGUAUCACUGCAGGAAGGGCGGACGUUUCAAAAGCCCCCUACCCGUUGAACUUGCCCCGCAUCUUACUCCUCAUCAUUCGUGUUAUGUUCCUGCGACAACCUUCCGAGGAGCCUCGGAACCACCACCGUUACCGUCAAUUUUCGUGUCGUACUUGGGCUUCACCGACGGUCAACUCCAUGUGC